GAACAGAUGAAUGAACUUCAAUUCCUAUAAAAUCCCACGACUAGAAUCGUCUAAGCACAGUCAAGCUCACAGCGUUCUUCAACUACAUCCAACAUGGCUAGAUUUCUACUCUGCUCGCUGGCAACUUUCCUGGUUGCAGUACCACUUCUGUGCUUGGGCGAUGAGAAUCCUUGUGCCAUUAAUCCGUUCAACAAAACUUGUAUCGAUGAUAGUCUCCGGGCAACAUACGCUGAUAUCAUUAACCUCCCAAACCGACCUGACAUACUGUUGAUCGAUGUGCGUCAACCGGAAGAACUAGCCUGCACUGGAUCAAUCCCGACCAGCAUCAAUAUACCUCUGGCAACGGUUUCCGAUGAGUUGAAACUCGCACCGAGUGUAUUUCAGUGCAAAUAUGGCCGUGCGAAGCCCGGUUUGAAUGACCCGAUCAUCUUUACCUGUCAAUCCGGAAACCGAGCUGCAAAGGCUGCCCUCGCUGCUGUUCAGUUGGGUUUCAGAAAUGUGAAGAACUAUGUUGGAUCUUGGAUUGAAUACGCCACCUAUAAUUGCCUGCCAUUGGACUGUUCGGGUGCUAUGCCAGAUCGUUGCACGAGCUAAGCUACAAGGCCAGUGGAUAAAUAUUACAACUACUUACUAGAGGUGCACGUACCAUAACGCAUUUUCGGUCUUACCUUAAAUUUAAGCUUACACUUUGAGUCAAUAGCUGCUUCAUGAUGAAAAACUUAAAUUUAUACCACCGGUUUUUAAACCUUCUAGAUAUCAACUUAAUACGGUAAAUAUAUCCAAUUUUUAGAACACUGCAUCAUUUUUUCAACUUUUACAAAGGUACUGCAAUAUAUAAGAGUGAAUUUAUCACAAAAACUUGAAGGAAAAAACUUCGAAGAGACAGAAUAUUGGCAUAUAUAAAAAAAGUUCAAAGAGAAG